AUGUUGUGUUCUUAUCGUUUCUUCGUCCGCUACCGGCAGUCCGCGAACACACGCACCGACGAACGUCCGCCACCGCCGUCGACCAUGAUCCGCGGACCGAUCGUGGCCGCCGUCUUACCGUUACCGCCGCCGCCGUCGUCGUUGUCUUUGUUGUUGUUGUUGUCGUUGUCGUCAUUGUCGUUAUCGUCGUUGUCGUUGACGAGCGCCGGGUCGACCGCCCUGAGGCGCCCGGUGGAGAUCCGAGUGGCUGUCAUACUGCCCGCCGAGUCCAAGUUCAUCACCACGCUGUCCAAGGUGAUGCCCGUGCUGGACAUCGCCGUCCGCGAUCUGUACGCCAAGGGCAUACUUCGGGAGACUGACGUCACGUUCAGGUUCAUGCAAAAGGACGACAAGUGUGAGGACAUCGAGGCCAUGCGCUCCGGUUUCGAGCUGAUCAUCAACGGCCGGGUCGACUUGUUCCUGGGACCCACUUGCGAUUACGGCGUCGGUCAGUUAGUUUUGUAA